AAAAAACUAAUCCAUCCGUUUCAAUUUAUACUGCAUUUUUUGAAUUUGAAUUUCGAAAAUCAAAUAAGUAAUUUUUUCAAGACUCAUUUAAAUAGUCGAAAUUAUCAACUAUUGUUACUAGUUAUAUUUAUUUACUUUUCAAAUAUGCAAACUUAAAAGAUUUUAUCAAAUUCAGUCUAACGUUAAACAGUUAGUCAUUUGUGUGGAGUUUCCAUUCUCCCUCUAAUUAAAACAAGGGAGAAGAGCUUGGGUAGCGUAAAGACGGAGGUUGUUAGGGGUAAAUAUGGGUUGGGCAAUAGCGUUGCACGGUGGAGCAGGUGACAUACCCAUGGAUCUGCCCGCGGAUGUCCGUGAGCCCAGAGAAGCCUGUCUUCGUCAUUGCUUACAGAUGGGCAUCGAUGCUCUCAAGGCCCACAAAUCCCCUUUAGAUGUUGUUGAACUCGUGGUGCGUGAACUGGAAAACAACGAAUACUUCAAUGCUGGUAGAGGGUCUGUUUUAACCAGCAGUGGUACAGUAGAAAUGGAAGCAUGUAUCAUGGAUGGGAAUACGAAAAACUGUGGAGCUGUUUCUGGCCUAACCACUGUUGUCAAUGCUAUAUCUUUGGCUAGGCUGGUCAUGGAAAAAACUCCACAUAUAUAUCUUGCAUUUGAGGGAGCGGAAGCAUUUGCAAGGGAGCAGGGGGUUGAAACCAUGGACCCAAGCCAUUUUAUCACUCCAAGAAAUAUUGAGAGAUUAAAGCAAGCAAAAGAAGCAAACAGAGUCCAGGUAGAUUAUAAUACACGGCCUAUACCAAAAGAUAACAAGCCACCAGCUCCUAGUGGGGAUAGCGAGCUAGGAACAGUUGGAUGUGUAGCCGUUGAUAGCUAUGGACAUUUAGCUACUGCUACUUCUACUGGAGGACUAGUAAACAAGAUGGUUGGAAGGAUAGGAGAUACUCCCGUUAUUGGUGCAGGUACAUAUGCGAAUAAACUAUGUGCAGUCUCUGCUACAGGCCAAGGAGAUGCUAUUAUCCGUGCAACUGUAGCAAGAGACGUGGCUGCUCUAAUGGAGUAUAAAGGGCUUUCUCUCAAGGAGGCAGCAGAUUUCGUUGUAGAGGAAUGUGCCCCAAAAGGAACCACUGGCCUGAUUGCUGUAUCUGCCACUGGCGAAGUUACCAUGCCAUUUAAUACAACUGGCAUGUUUAGAGCUUGUGCAACUGAAUAUGGUCACAGAGAAUUAGCAAUUUGGUAACUUUUCAUUAGAAUAGAUUAGUCUUUGUUGUGUAUUCUAGCCACACCAAGGAAAUGUGACAGAAUCUAUUGUUCAAUAAGAGGAAAUUGGGUCUCCUUCAUUUGUAUAGGACAAAUUAAUGCUAUGUUGUACUUAAUAUUUCAGGGACAUGAUGUUUACACUUCACUUUAUGGGAUGGGAGAAGUACUUCCCCUGCAAAAGAUGUGACCCGUGAUAAAGUGAGGUCAGAUUCGUGUGCAACUGUAGUACCCUAUUGCUUUAAUAAUACCAUCAGUUAUGCAUAUUA